GAUGUCUCAGGGAACACCAAGAGGUCACACGAUCAACCAUUUCACGCAUAACCAUCCUUUAACCGAAACACACGUUAUUGGCACAUACACGUGCAAUGGUUGCAAACUGUACGGCGGAGGCAAGACAUACCGGUGCAACGACUGCAACUACGAUCUCCACGAAUAUUGCGCCACGUGUCCUCCAAUGGUGAGAAACACAUGGCACGCGCCUGAUCAUGAGCUCAACCUGAUCAGCGGUCCCGCGCACAUGACCGAGCGCGGGUGCUAUUUUUGCCGCGUUUACAUCCAAGGGAUGUUCUACAAAUGCAAGCAAUGCAGUUUCGAAUCUCACCCCCUUUGCACACACGGUCAAAUUCAUGCAUCGUCUCCGGAGGCAACGAUAACAAAGUCGAGAAGCCUGCAUAGCCCUCAUGCGGCCCAGCCAUCGUCGCCGCACCACUAUGGUCAAGGAAACUCCUAUGGAUAUGGGCCACAUCCUCAUGGUGGUGGUCAUCAUCAGCUGCAUCCCCACAUGAGCCCGGGCUCUCCAAGAGCAAGUCCAAGUACUCCAGAUUCAAGCAAGGGAAAAAAGAAAAGCGGAGGAUUUAUGGGAGCCUUCAAGGCUGUGGUAGCUGUAACUGCUACGGUAGUAACCCAGGUGGCCGUUGCCACGGUGGCGGAUGAGUAUACUGGAACUGAAUGAAGAAUAGUUUGUUGAUGAAGUUUUACUUGUUGGUGUGUCUUAACUUUUCGGUGUUCUUUUCCAUUACAUGCAGACAUAUAUGUAUGUAUGUAUGUGUCUCAGUUUCACAUAAUCGCAUGAUUGCAAAUUGGUGUUUCAUUGAUGUCGAUUUUGGUUUUAAUACAUCAAAGAUCAAAUCUUCUAUACGAAAAGAUCUCAACUACAAAGACAUGCUUUAAAAUCAAACUAUUCUAGAACGAAUCUAUUUGUCAGCACAUAUAUAAUUUGACUGGGUACUUGAGUUCCAUCUCCAAUUCGGCUAGACAAAAUAUGUGAUUAGUAAAAUCAUCAGUUCAUAAUAUCCCUGCAAUCUGCACAUCUUGAGUAUGUAUUUGGUAUUAUAAAUCUGACAGUUCUAGAAGGAAUCUCUUUGUCAGCAUAUGAUUGUAAAUGUAAUUGAGUUCCAUUUCAAAAUCGGUUAUAGAAAGAGAAGAAUGAGUUAUGAUUCUUAAUAACUUUGAAUUUAUCCUAUCUUUUUCGAUGUUAGAUUUGGAAUAUAGCAAUAUGCCGUCUAAAGUUAAUAUUUGUUGACACGUUUAUUUCGAUUGAAUCUUUGUUAUUGUAGGAUUGCAAUGUGAAUGUAGGGUUUGAUUCGUAUACUGACAUGUCACAACCAUAUAAAAAUAUC